CACUUGGUCCUUUAGGUGCACACUAUGUGGAGCUUGAUGUGGAUGUGGGGGUUCAGUGGCAUCUCCUCCUAGCAGCUCUGGCUCACUGUCUUCCUCCUCAGAGGCAGACGUAUGUGUCACUCUCAACAACUGAGGAAACUGCAUUGUGAAAAAUACAGAUGGCGUCAAAAUAAAACAGCAAUAAAAUAACAUCACACACACACAAUCAUCUACUGUUACAAGCUGAGUCAACAUUCAUAAUUAGGCGCAAUCUGUCAAAAUCAUCUAUUGUUACAGAGUGAGGCCAAACUGCUCAGUGUCCUAACUGGGCAUGCAGUUUACUGCCUCUGUAAGCUCUGACCUGGGGCUGGUAGACUGGGUCCUUGUGUCUGACCACACUGACCUGCCUGACUAGCUGCAGCUUCAGAGCUGCCAGGGCUGCUGACAUUGGUGUUGGAGUCUGUCUGGACCUGAGCUGUGCCUCAUUUGUGCUUCUUAAAAGAAAAAAGCCUGAAAUAUCUCCCUUCCUCUUCAUUCUUAUCUGUCCUCAUACAAAAUAAGACAGUCUGGUUACACCCCGAGAUUGUGUCUUAAACUAUUCAUCUUCAUUCUCGUGCUAUAGCUUAUUUUAUAAUCAACUGUCAGCCUGGCUACUAUACAAUUAAACUGGAUAAUGUAAUCUUGUCAGCACUAAGUAAAUCCAAGAGUCUGGCUGCAGACCUCCAGUGUGGGGUCACUUCCAGUGCAGCCUCUAGUCUCAGGCCGGGAAGUGCAAGAAACUUCAAAAUAAAAUCCUUUAGACACAAUAAACUUCAAAAUAAAAUCAUGUAGACACUUUCUGUGAAAGCAAUAUCAUCGCGAUUUUGCUGCCGUUUUAUAUUUAAUUAAUCAACAUUGUAAUGUUAAAACCAUUAACUACCUUAAUGUGGCAUACAUGUUGAUCUUGCCAAUACUGUCUACGUAGCAUGUAGCAUCGGUAGACCUAUCUAUAUCAGUGUAGCAACAUAUCGAUUCAAUACGUCUGCCAUCAACAUUACUGCUUUAACACUGAUUCUGUCAACAGGACAUAAACUCUGUCCAUGUAGCUCAGUGACGUCAGUUCAUAGAAAAACAUUAAGCUUGUUGACUGGACAGUUGGAGCCUAAAGCCUCUCUUCCUGUCUUUAUCAAAAAACACACUUUUCAUUCAUAAUGGACCUUUGAAGAGUGUAACAGUAGUUUAGUACAAAUAUCUGAAUUCAAUAUGGAAAAUGUAUUUCACACAUAUCCACAAACUGUUGGACAAUGUGACAGACAUUAGCUUCACUACGGAUAUAUGGAGUCUGGACGUAAGUCAGAUGAGUAUGUUGAGUCUUACUGCUCAGUGGAUUGAUGACAGCUUUGGAAUGAAGAGAGCUGUUUUGUGUGCACAAGAGUUUGCAGGAUUGCAUACGGUGGCUGCCAUCACUAGUGCAUUUGACUGCAUGUUUGCUCAGUGGAAAAUUAAAAAGACAAUGUGCACGUUGUGCUUCACAACAAUGCACAGAAUAUGCAGAAGGCAGUGGACGAGUGUGGCGUUAAAAGCCUGGGCUGCAUGGCGCAUACGCUGCAGCUAGCAGUGCAUGAUGGAGUGUUAAGCCAGUGAAGCAUCUUUGACUGUCUGGCUAUUGCAGGGGUCGGGAACGUAUGGCUCGCGAGCCAGGUGUGGCUCUUUUGAUGAUUGCAUCUGGCUCUAAGAUAAAACAAAAUAUUCUCACUUGUUUUAAUCCAUCCAUCUAUUUUCCACUGCUCAUGUCCUGUUCAGGGCUGCAGUUGGCUGCAGGAGCAAUUGUCCAUAAUUUAAAUGGAUUAUAAUAGCCUACGUUGGCCGUUGCUGGGUAAACAGGUAAACGCCCCCUUUUGAAUCAGUCUGCGCCGUCAUUAGCUCAAAGCUAACCCUUCGACGAAGAAGAUGGCGAAAAGAAAAAAAAAUUUGGAGUAUCGUACAUUUCAGGACAAGUGGACCGAAGAAUUCGCCUUUGUGGAGAGAGAAGGUUCUGCGGUGUGUCUAAUUUGCAAUGACAAAAUUGCAUCGAUGAAACGGUCGAAUGUACAGCGGCACUUCAACACACGCCAUGCUACCUUUGCAUCAAAAUACCCUGCGGGAGAAAGUAGAAAGAAAGCGUGCCAAGAGCUACUGAGCAGGCUGCAAGCUAGCCAGCAGCAACUCCGUGUAUGGACCCGACAAGGUGACUAUAAUUCUGCUAGCUUUGCUGGAUCUUUAGCAAUAGUGAGGAACGGAAAACCAUUCACAGAUGGCGAGUAUGCUAAAACGUUCAUGCUGGAUGUAGCCAAUGAACUUUUUGAUGAUCUUCCGAACAAAGACAAGAUAAUCAAACGGAUACAAGACAGGGGUGGGCGAUAUAUAUCGUCUGCGAUAGGAUCGUGAUUGUUGUUUUAACGAUGUGCAAAUUUACAUUAUCGAGUAUUUAAAUUAGUUCGCCAAAACCAAUGAAACGCACGUCCACACUUCACAUUACAGAGCAGCAGCGCUCCAUAAAAAACACAGCACGACUCAGCCACGCUCAAGUCCUGUAAGAAAGUCACAUGACCUCUCUCGCGAGAAGCCUUGCAACAGGUCAGCAGCGUAGUUGUGGAAAAUGCAGGUGGAGGCAGGUACAGUCCCUGACGCAACUUCAGAGGAUUUAGUGCCGAGACGUGGGUCUACUUCUCUGGCAUGGAAAUGGUUUGGUUUCGAAAAGACUGACGUUGGUCAAAACACCGUCAUAUGCAAAAUCUGUCGGAAAGCUAUCGCCGUUAAACAAAGCUCCACAACGAAUCUCUUUCACCACCUCCGCACCAACCACAGUAAAGAGUAUGAAGAAUACGAGAAACUUCGAGACUCUGCAGCUCAAGAUAAACCAAGUAGGCCAGCUGUUCAGCACACCCAACAAACCCUCGCUGAGUCAUUCAGCAGAAAAGUGCCGUAUGACAGAAAAAGUCAACGAUGGCAAGACAUAACCAAUGCUAUCACCAAAUUCAUAGCCAAAGAGAUGUUGCCGAUGCAGUUGGUGGAGGGAAAAAGUUUCAUUGAACUUUUGAAUGUCCUAGACGCGCGAUACACAGUGCCAAGUAGAAAAUAUUUCAGCGGAACCGCUCUCACCACCCUCUAUGAUAAAACUCGUAAAGCUGUGAUGAGUGAAGUGCAAGAGGUGAAACACUUCGCAACAACAACCGAUUUAUGGUCUAGCAGAACAUUGGAGCCAUACCUCUCUCUGACCGUGCAUUUCAUUGAUGAAUCGUGGAAACUUCGGAGCUACUGUUUGCAAACGUCCUAUUUCCCAGAUGCCCACACAGGAGAAAUCAUUGCCCUUGGUCUGAAAGAUGCCCUCGCAUCAUGGUCGCCGAGUGAACAGGACAUGGUCUGCAUGACCACCGACAGCGGCGCAAACGUCGUCAGUGCACUCAGAAUCAAUGACUGGAAAAGGCUACCGUGCUUUGGGCACCGGCUUCAUAUUGCAAUCGAGAGGAGCAUGCGUGAUGCAAGGAUAGACAGAGCCAUUGGUGUCUGCAAGAAGGUGGUUGCAGCCUUUUCCAAUAGCUGGAAUUUGAAAAAAGGACUGGCUGAUGCUCAAAAUCAGAUGAAGCUCCCAGAGCAUAAACUCAUCACAGAAUCACCAACAAGAUGGGGCUCAAGACAGCGCAUGAUAAAGAGGUUUGUUGAACAAGAAAAGGCCAUUCGUCAUGUGCUAGGUGCUGACAAGAAGCGCAGGCAUCUCCUACCAACAUGGCAAGAUGUUGAUGUGCUAGAAUCAGUGAGCAAAGCACUUAGUCCCCUGCUGGAGUUUACAGAUGCCCUCUCAGGUGAGCAAGUAGUAACCAUCUCCUACCUGAAACCGGUACUGUCACUGUUAACUCGGAGGUCCUGGCAGUGAAGUCUGAUGAUACAGAGCUCACAAAAAAAAUCAAGGAAACCAUUCUGGAUUACCUUAACACAAAGUACAGAGAUGACAAUGUGGAUGGCCUUUUAAGUGUAGCAUCCACGCUUGACCCGCGGUUUAAGAACCGCUACAAUGCCGAUGAUCAGAUGAUGAUGUCAACAAUUUCCUCUGAACUUAUGGCUAUGGCAACACAGGAAGAGAGCGAUUCUCCAGGCCCUUCAACUUCCACAGCUCAAGGUGCCACUGCAGAGGGUGGAGCAGAGGGUGAUGAUGACACCUGUGAGCCAGCCAAAAAAACAAAUAAGUCUUUCGGCAGUUAUUUCAAAAAACAGUGAGAGGGGAGUCACAGGCUACUGGCAUAGAAAAGGAGAUCAAGAGUUACCUUCUGAUACCGGAGGUGGACAGCGAUGUCAACCCACUUGCAUGGUGGAAAACCCAAGAGAUGAACUUCCCUAGGCUGGCAAAGCUAGCAAAAAAGUAUCUGUGCGUCCCUGCCUCAAGUAGCCCUUCAGAGAGGGCAUUUAGCACAGGUGGAAACAUUGUGACGUGUCACCGGGCUUCACUCAAGCCAGACAAUGUGGACAGGCUGGUGUUUUUGGCACACAAUUUGAAGUGAACUGUUGUCCUAGAAUGUUCAAAGUUCUGCAAAGUUUCUGGUGUCUGUCCUUAGCUGUGAUAGUAUUGACUAUUUUUUCUAUUUGAGAAUUGUGGAUUUUUUUCUCCACAAUAUUGUCAUUUGUUUACAAAUGUCUAUUUAGUUCUAUUCCUAUUGCAUGCAGCACUUUAUUACAAUUAUUCAAUAUGUCUGCACUGUAGUUCAAUUAAGUUCUUUUUUGUUUGAACCUUUUUAGAAAAUGUGUGUUUUUUUUUAAUACAAUCCUGGACAGAACCUUAAGUUUUAUGAGCACUUGCUGUCCAUUUCUCAGUAUUUCUCAAGGAUGCGUGGAGGACUUUUUUUUUUUUUUUUAACAAUUCAAUGUUCCUGCUGUAAUUCAAUUGAGUUAUUUUUUAUUUGUUUGAUAAAGUUUAAAGACAAUAAAUGUGUUUUUUCUUACACAUUUUAAUCAUUGUAGGUAUUGUAAUCUUUAACCAGGUAUUACUCAGAGAAUUCCAAUCACAUUUUUCAAAAUAUCGACAAAAUAUCGUUAUCGUUAAAAUCUGAAAAAAUAUCGAGAUAUUAUUUUUUGCCCAUAUCGCCCACCCCUAAUACAAGACAUGCCUCUGUCUGCAAGAACUGUUCAUGAUCGUACCAUCACGAUGGCAAACCAAGUGGAGGAAACGCAAGUGAAGGACAUAAAUGCCGCCGUUCUUUUCCUUGGCUUUGGAUGAGUCAACAGACGUAAGCCAUUUCGCAGUUCAGUGUGAUUGCAAGAUAUGCUGCUGGUGACACACUGUGCGAAGAAAGUCUUGCUGUUCUGCCAAUAAAAGGAUCCACAAGAGGUGAGGAUUUAUUCAAGUCUUUCAUGGAGUUCGCUCAAGAAAAAAAUCUACCUAUGGAUAAACUUCUCUCAGUGUGUACUGAUGGUGCUCCGUGUAUGGUGGGGAAAAACAAAGGAUUUUUGGCGCUUCUCCGUGAACAUGAAAAUAGACCCAUCCUAAGUUUCCACUGCAUUCUACACCAGGAGGCACUUUGUGCUCAGAUGUGUGAUGGGCAGCUUGGCGAAGUAAUGUCGCUGGUCAUUCGUGUGAUCAACUUUAUUGUUGCUCGAGCCUUAAAUGAUCGCCAGUUUAAAAC